GCCACCCCCUCCCAGAUCUACCUCGAAUAUACACCGUACGUUGUACUAUCCGAGUCGUCAAAUGUUACCUCGUUACACGGCGCCGAUACUACAUCGAAUCAUACUCAAAAUUGUUAUUAAAGAGUUUUGGUCGUUCGAAUCCCACUAAAACAACAAACGCCUCAUUCCAAAUUAGGCUAGACACCAAUCUAGCUGCUCACAACAACGAGCGAUAGUCCUCAUGAGUAACAGACGAGAAGAUGUUUUGUGUAGGCUUUGCCUGCAGGCUUUGAUCCUAGACGAUGCACGGGCCGGUGGAUUUGUGAACGUAUCCUCAAGCCAUCCGACGCUCAAUCUUUCACGUUUCAAGGCAGACGACUGGACGACGUUUUCAAGCCUAGGAAAAUCCUACGAAUACUGCCUAAGAAGGCCGGAAGAUACGGAUGUCCCCAAUCUUGUGGCAAGUAUGGGACUAGAACGCACCGCUACGCUACCCAACCUCGAUGAAUUAUCGUCGCAAAGCGUCGGUAACACUCAGACUUGUGUCUUCUGUCAAGCGCUCAAAAAAUCAUUCAUCAAGAGGUAUCAAGAUACUUCUUGGUGGCGAGAAGAAGGCUCACUUCUUCGGUACUCCAUACGAUAUGAGUGGGAAUCACUUUCUGCCUGGUGGCGAGAAGAAGGCUCACUUCUUCAGCACUUCAUACGGUAUGAAUGGGAAUCGCGUUCGAAGGAGUCGGAGGAACCAGAGUAUUCACUAGAGGGAGUGACUGUAAUCACUUGGCAUCCUGGCCUAGAGUUCGAUCGUGCUGGUUUGUUCUACUUCCCAGUAGCAGCGGAUUUUGGACGUUGUCGUGACUGGCUCAAUAUUAGAAGGUCUCCCUUUGACGUUAGAGGUCCAUUAUCUUCGGGAAAUGUCACGCGCAUGAAAAAUUGGUUGGGUGAUUGUCUUAAAAAUCACGUGAGUUGUAAAACUCCCGUGGACUCGUCCAAGCCAUCUUUCAUCCCAACGCGCCUCCUAGACCUCGGCCCAGAGCCUGCAGACAAUCAUGUGGUACUUUUGGAUGAUGUGGAAUCACGCUUGGAGACGGAAUCAAAACUAGAUUUAAAAUAUGCAGCGCUAAGCUAUUGUUGGGGUUCUGCAGUGCCGUUCACCACGACCUCAGAGACAAUUGGUGCGCGCCAAGCGAUAAUCUCAGUCAAUGAUCUUCCUAUAGUCUUCCAAGAAGCUAUUUUAGUUGCUCGUAAGCUUGGCCUUCGAUACCUGUGGAUCGACGCCCUUUGCAUCAUCCAGGACGAUCUUGCAGAUUGGGAGCGAGAGUCCUCACAAAUGUCCUACGUCUUUGCAUACGCACAUGUCACCAUCGGUGCUGCGGCUAGUGCAGCUUGCGAUGCCUCGUUCCUCCGGCGAUCCAGCAAACCAAAUAUAACCAUCCCAUUCAAGUCAAUGUUGAGCCCGGAUGUUCGUGGCGGAUACACACUAUAUCUAGAGUCUGAUGAACAAAUACGCGUCGACUACGAGUCUUCGAGAUGGAACAGCCGUGCCUGGGUAUAUCAGGAGAAGAAGUUAGCUACGCGGUUGCUGAUAUUCGGCGAGACGAUGUUACAAAUGCAAUGUCGUGAACUGGCAUUGAUGGAGAGCGGCAUACAAUCACCUUAUGGCCAACAGGCUGGUGUACUGGACCAUUUCGACCGCCACUUGUGGAACAUUGAUGAGUACUCAAGCAAGAAUCUCACGUAUCGCGGCGAUCGUCUGAGUGCGGUGUCUGGUGUGGCACGACUAAUUAGCAAGGCAGCAAGGGAGAUCGGUCAACCUGUCGAGUACCUUGCUGGAUUGUGGCAUGACACAAGCAGCACUGAAAGCGAUCCUAUUUAUCCAUACACUAAUGCGCUUGGAGGUUCCUUGAUGGAACAGCUCUGUUGGGAUGCUUUCGAACCUGCCGACACGUUCGAACACAUGAUAGCGUCGCUUACAGCUACCGAAACGUAUUGUGCGCCAUCAUGGAGCUGGGCCUCUCGAGAUUGCUCAGUAAACCACCGAUUUCCCUCGAUAUUCAAGCAACAAUUUCAGCUUCUCAGAUGGAAUCUACCUCCGCUUCGAUCUGAUGCUAUGGUUGCCGUCAAACCUGGGUCUAGCAUCACCCUGAGGGGAGUAAUGAGACGUCUGUCGCUUCCUCCUCUAAACACAAGCUACGACGGAUCAACAAAGAAUCAGGAAGACGACAGAUAUAGUCGAAUCUUCUGGCCCCGGGAAUGCUUUGGUGGUGGAAUUUCAUGCACUUUCGACUGGAAGUUAGACGGCGAGUCUUCAAGAAAAGAGGACAUUCGGAAACGGCUCAAAACCUUCGAUAUCGGUCGAGAUGACGGCAUGUAUGGGCUUGUGUUGUUCUCAGAAACGGAUGAUGCGGAGGAUGAAGCAUCAUUCUGCAAGGCCGUAGAUGCCCAAUGCGUUGGUGAAGUCCCUAAAGAUGGGAUACCGCAACGGACGGAAACAGUCUAUACGCUACGGCAGCCCUAUCUGCGAGUAGGCCUCUUUAUGAGACAAAGUGGAGGUGAAGCGGUUGACUGUGGCACCGAAGUUGAAGUGACAAUCAUUUAAGGCGUACACUGGUCAGUUGAGUCUAAUUUUCACUCGAUGUACCC